UUCCUAUCGGGAACUUCAUGCUUCAUACUUCCUAUCUUCAGCAUUGUAUCCCGCUUUCACAAUCCACGUCACUCCUUGCCUUUCUCUCAUGCUGUUUACCAAGCUAUCUUUCGCUGUGAGCUCAUAGCUGCAGACCCCUCUAGAGCCACUUCACAGCCCCGUCUCCCCGCACUCAGUCAAUUUCAAUCAGCUACGCUCAACAUUUCUCCCUGCACUACCACAUCCCUUUCGAAAGGAACACCAUGGCCUAUGUGCCAGGGCUGACCCUCCCAGCCUCCAUCUUCUCCAAUGCACCCAUCUCCAUCCUCCUUCCUCUCGGCCUAGGGUUGGGAUCUGGCUUGGUAUCGCAGCCAGGAAGGACGAUCAGACCCAAACGAUUCUCUGACGCGGCCGCUAAGGAGCGAGGAACGUUUCGGUCGACACAAGAACAGUACAUGGCUUUGAAACAGCCUCCUUUCAGACCUCCUCCAUGGGUGUUUGCCCCUGCCUGGACGACUCUCUAUCUGCUGAUGGGGUAUGCUGCCCAUAGAGCGUGGACUACAGGAAUGAGCAGUCUCAGUCCGCAGGUAGUGGAAAACACCAGAAGAGGGGCUACGUUGUAUACACUCCAACUAGGGUUGAAUGUCAUUUGGAUGCCUCUAUUCUUCGGCAUGGGUCGACCCAUCGAGGCCAUGUUGGACAUUGUUGCCCUGACUGGAACAGUGGGGUAUCUCUCAUACAUCUGGGCCAAAGUUGACAAGGUCUCCUCUGCCAUUCUCGUGCCCUACCUUGCAUGGCUAGGAUUUGCCACUUAUCUGACAGCGGGGACUGGACAUUUGAAUGGCUGGACUAUUAAAGGCAAUGAAGAUACACAGGAAGAGGUUGAGAAGAAGGAUCUUUGAGCAGGGUGUUAAUUGGUGUUAGGGGUGUCAGCGCAUGUCUAGGCAUCAUGGAUCAUUGCAAUACAUGAUUCUAAGGUUCAACCCUGGCAAAAGCAUUCACGCCUCUCUGCAUGCCGUGUUGUAUAGGGGAGUCGCCAUGAUUGAGACAGAACACACCGUCAUGGGCUGGGUCUCCCUUUCGACCUGGAUUUCUACUCAGCAGUCCUCACUGCCAUGUUUACAUUAGGAGAUUAGUUUCGUGACAGUCAUUAAUUGAGACACAGGUCAAGAACCACAUGUAUAUACAGAUAUUCAUCACAAGAACCAGAAUGUCAACAGCUG